CCGCUCUCCUCGCCGCCAAUGGGAAACCGCCGACAGGUCGGGCUUGGAUUUAUAUCCUCCAGCAGCUCGCGCUUGUUAUUGUCAUUGCAGCAGCGGCUAUCUGGCGGGGCGGAUCGGGCUUUGGCAGGCAGCGCUACAAAGCCGGCCAACGGCGAGGCCGCAUUUCUGCGACUGUUCCACAAGCGAGUACCAGGGCUCGGUGUUUCUAGUCUUUGCUCAGCGCCAGGCUUCUCGCUAUGUCCGGCCGCGGGAAAUCGGGAGGCAAAGCCCGAGCUAAAGCCAAAUCUCGCUCCUCCCGAGCCGGCCUGCAGUUCCCGGUGGGGCGAGUGCACCGGCUGCUACGGAAAGGCAACUACGCCGAGCGGGUGGGUGCUGGAGCUCCCGUCUACUUAGCGGCUGUCCUCGAGUAUCUGUCGGCUGAGAUCUUGGAAUUGGCCGGCAACGCGGCGCGGGACAACAAAAAGACCCGGAUCAUUCCCCGGCACCUCCAGCUGGCCAUCCGCAACGACGAAGAGCUCAACAAGCUGCUGGGCGGGGUGACCAUUGCCCAGGGUGGGGUCUUGCCUAACAUUCAGGCUGUGUUGCUGCCCAAGAAGACCCAGAGCUCCAAGAAAUGAGCCGGGCAGAAUUUUUUUUCGAAGGAAAGCAAUCGUUCGACUGUGUGUCCCCCGCGCCCCACCUGCAGGAUCCGGUGCAGUGGGUACCGGACACUUUCUCCCUUUAUUUUCUUCAUUUGGUACAGCCAGCGCCGCGCAGAGCUCUUUACCGCAUCCUCUGCCUUGGUGCAGGCAGCCGCGCUGGGCCUUCUGUGCGCGCUGUUUCUCUUUCUCUUUCUCUCUCUCUCUCUCUCUCUCUCUUUCCCUCCCUCCGCUGCCUGGUGCUGUCAUCGCUGGGUUUCCAGUCUCUCGCCAUUCUCCUUCCCCUCUUCCGCUGAAUAAGCCUGUCCCCUCUCACCUCUUAGCACUCCUGUCCCUUUCAGUCCUAGGGAUUGGUGUGGGAAGAGCGGUGGUCAUCAUUUUCCCUGUCACGAAAAGGGCACGUGCUUCGGGCCUGGCUGCCACCUAGUGCCCUCCAAAUUGAUUUCUUUAAUUUAUCUUCCUCCUGGAUGAUUUAGCUACAGAUCCACUGCCCUGAAGCUGCUUAAUCUGCAGCAUCUGUGCGAUUAGGCUUUUCUCCCCCCCCCCCCUUAAAACCCUUUUAAGUCAUCUAAGAGGAGGGAAGAAAGCAAAAACUGUUUGGGAACUAGAAGAAUGAUUUGUGCAUUUCUAUUUUUCUUGACCAACUGGGAAAUUCACUAACUGGAGGAGAGCGAGCCACUAAGCCCAGUGGAAGCUUCAAGCCUACAGGGGAAGGCAAGAGAUUCUGCUUAGGCAGUGUGCCACCACUUGUAUCAAUGGAGAUCUCCUGUCUGCACACCAGUACGGUGGGAGUUGGGACUUACGAAGAAGGGAUAGCGUCUCCAUUGCAUUAUUAUUUUGCAUGAAUAGGUAACCUAGUCUCUUAAAACUGCUCUGUCCCAGAGCGUAGAAUGGUGAUGGAUCUAUCUACCUGAUGUUGCUGCACGUCCCCAUUCAAUGUGACCACAAACUUAAGGAGGGGAGGGGGAGGGGAGGUGCCAGGGAAAUCUUAAUGUGAAAAGAAACUUCUCUUGGUGAGAAAGUAAUAGCUUCAUAUGCUAAGGGUUUUUUCCCCUUGUUUGCUCAAUGAUGAGGUAUCAUGUCACUGUAUUUGUACUCCAUUCCUGAUCAUGAGAUCUCAUUAACUUCUGAAUCUUGUUGCAAAGCCACCUAUUAGUCUAGCUCAUGUAGUGUUGAGCCUUAGGCUGAAGGCAAACAAUAGCAUGUCAGAGAACUGAAAGUUGUUUGUGAAGGUUUUGCUUCCUAUGGUAUACACAACUUUGUCCUACUGAGGUUUUGUAGCUUUUAGAAUAAAUAAUGCAAAAAGCCUACAAAAUCUGUUUAGCUGAUGCAAAAGUGUGACAAGUGUGCAUGCCAUGAGCAGUGAUCUCUGUUUCAAACUGCCCAUAACUCUCAGUGCCGGUGGGGGAAGCUAACAAUCUGUAGCCUUGAUGUAGUGCAAGAUCCUCUGAAUGUGCUUAACAGCUUAACUGGAAAACCAUUUUAAGCAAGAGUGCUUGGAUUUAAGCCUAUUUCUGUCCUCCUGACGUCAAUAGAACUAAAAUGGCUUAAAUCAAAGUGUUUUCAUGUAACACCUUGUGUGGUUUUCCUCCUAAAUAGUAGUAUAAGGUCAGAGGUGCUCACUGCUUCUGUAAACAGAAGCAGUUGUGAUGUGUUGUCUGUUCCUAUUCCCUAUUGGAUCAUCGGUGAUGUUGCAGAAAGCCCCAUAAUGACUGAAGUUUAGCAUUAGUUUGCACUUUACACUAUCCAUAGUGUGUUUUUGUUUGAGCAUUUCACUUCUUUAAACAAAAAGUGCAGGUUUGCUGUCUGUUUAAUUGUAAUCCUCAGUGGGUUAAUGUUUGGGGAUUGGGUUUUUAAGAAGAGAACUAAAAUUUAUAUGAGUAAAAUAUCUAGUUAAUGUGGUGGCUUACUGAGUAGGUGUUUGGAUAAUGUAUGAGCAUGGAAGCUGGCCUAGCUGGUUCUGUGAUGCACAUAGUAGCUGUGGUCUUCUAGAAAUGAUAUCGGAGCCCAAUCUUGCCUGCUUAGGUGAAAAGUUGAUAGAACCAAGUGCAUGCAGCAGUGUCUAGGUGACUGAACAAGUAGAACUUGUAGUAAUAUGUAUGGACAACUGUGUGUGCUGUAAGUAGCAUGUGUUCAACCUAUCAAGUGAGCUGUAAAUCUGUGGAUGAAGUAUUGUCUUGCUCUGCUUCAGCUAAUAAUACCUAGACUAGUGGACUUUUUGGAUGCCUCUCUAAUAACUGGAUAACGAAAAUGGCUUGUUCACUCCAUUGAUGGUGUACUGUCUUCUUUGUGAUACCUGAGAAGUAGAACCUUUAUCUGCCCUUGUGUGAUAGUUUUGCCUGUCUCCCACUGCAGACCCAGAAAAUGAUUUCUUGUUUUGAAACAGCUAUCUCAUUCCUCUGGCACUGGACCAGUGUAGGGCUCUUGCUUGCUUUCAGAAUGAAUGUUGAUUGCAUCAUUGAAGGGAAGGGAUUAUUUAAAUGCAAAUAAUUGCAGGAUAAUGGGGUAUUCUGAAUUUGUGUAUUCCAGUGUCUUUCUGUCUUGUUUUCAAGAUCAGUAUUUUGUUUUUUGUCAAAGUUUGCUUUGUAUUUAUUAGAAAAUGCAGAACUUGUGGUACUGGAGAAGUGCAAAAACAAUAUUAUUAAACUGAUUCAGUCUUGAAUGCACAUCAAACUUUGACUUGGAUCAACACAUCACUUAUUACCUGCUUGGGGUUGCUGGAUCAUGGAAAGACAAAUUUGUACCUAUAAUGUGCACUUAUGCUUUCAAGUAUUGUGGGGAGGAUGAGGGGAAAGGUGGGCAGCCAAAGGUUUAGUUUAAUAAGCCUGACUACUUGCAAUAUGAGCCAUUCAUCUUUUAGCAUAAAGUUCCAUUUUUUCCACCUAAGGGAACAAACUAAGUGCAGAAGAACAAUCUGGAGUCACAAUAAAUUGCUUCAAGUUCCAGUCUAA